AUGGAAAGCAAUACAUUAAAAUUAAAAGAAAGUCUGAACGAAGAACUUCCAGGAAGAUCAAAAGAAAUAGAAAAGUUAUUGUUAUGGAUGGGACAAACACUUUGGGACACAUCAACAUCAUUAAUACCGGCUUUAAUGGAGAUUUCUAUGAUGGGUGAUUAUAACAUUUGUGUAAUAUUUAUAAGUCAAGUUCCAUGGGAUAAAUUUAAAAAAGUGCUUGGACUAAAAGAUCCAACACAAUUAUAUUUUCAAAAUGAAGAUUUAAAAUUCUUUAAACAGUUUCUUGAACUUAUAUAUAAUUCAUUGUGGACAGAUUGUGAUUUAGUUGAUUUACUACGUUUGUUGCCUGAACUUUACGAGAAGUGUUUGGAAACUAUAAACGAAGAAGAAGCACAAAUUGAAGAUUGGGAUGGCUUGUAUAAUAGUUUGAUGCCACACAUGAAAUCAAUCUUUGACAAAUCCCAUCUUUUGGAUAUUUCUCCAAAAACAGGUCAAUCACCUAAAUGGGUGUCAUAUCUUUUAAUAGCAAUGUUUUUAGCCUCUCACAUUCCACAAAAACAUGAUAUAAAACUUUUUGCAAAAGAAUCUGAUCCCAGAAAAAAAAGAAGAAAUGGUAGAGGUUCGAGAUCAAAUAAACAACAGGUGGAUAUAAAAAGUGAACCUCCGCACGCAAGUGAAUUGGAACGUAUUUUUGCCAUAUUCUAUAGCAUCUAUGAUGGCAUGGUAAUAAAUAGUUUUGAUCUUCAUCAACAGAUUCAAUUAUUUGUUGAUUGUCAUAUGGCUAGACGUACGACACCUUUCGAACAAUUAGAUAAUCCCAUGUAUUUAUGUAAAGUGGAUUUUAAUUCAAUCAAACAGAUUUGUAAAAAUGUAGAUUUUAACAUAGCAAUUUAUCUUGAUGGGAUGGAUAUGUAA